UCCGGUUCCGGGUGGCGGCGGCGGGGGGGUGCGGGGCCGGGCUCGGGCGGUCGGAGCGCGGAGGGGCCGCGGCAGGCGGAUCCCUCUGGAUUCAGCUCCGUCCCUGCAGAUCCAGCACCCGCCCGGCUCGGGGGGUCCCGAAUUUGGGGGCAAGCCCGGCCCUGUCUCCCCCCCUUCCUGCCCCAGUGGCCCCCUCAGGAGGAGGAAGAGGAGGAGGAGGAGGAGGAGGAGGAGAAGAAGGAAUGGCGGCGCCGUGGCGGGUACUGGAGCCCGCCCAAAAAUCCAUAAAAAUUUACUGAUCCCACCUUUUCUUACCCCAAACGAGCUUUACCUGGGCGAGAAGUAAGGCCAAAGGCUCCCACAGCAUGGCUCAGGCGAGUCUCCUGGCCUGCGAGGGGCUCUCGGGCGUCUGCCUCGUCCCCACCGUCGCCAGCAAGAAGAUGAUGCCCAAAUCCGGCGGGAAACAGGACGGGAACCGGGAACGGGGCUCCAGCCCUGACCUCCUGUCCCUCCGCCAGGACCCCGACAAGCCCCGUGCCCGCAAGGACGAUGAUGCUCCUGAGGCUUCCAACCCCAAGAAAAUCCAUGAAAAAGGCAGGUCCCCUCCCCCCGCGGGGGGACCCCCGAGCUCCUCCCGCCGAGGAUCUCAGAUGGUGGUGAUUGAGCAAAACGGCUCCUUCCAGCUCAAGAACUUCAUCUGCGACCACUGUUUCGGCGCCUUCCGGAGCAGCUACCACCUCAAACGGCACAUCCUCAUCCACACCGGGGAGAAGCCGUUCGAGUGUGACAUGUGCGACAUGCGCUUCAUCCAGAAGUACCACCUGGAGCGGCACAAGCGCGUGCACAGCGGGGAGAAGCCGUACCAGUGCGAGCGCUGCAUGCAGAGCUUCUCCCGCACGGACCGGCUGCUCCGACACAAGCGCAUGUGCCAAGGCUGCCAGACCAAGACCCCGCCCGACUCGCAGCUCCUGCUGUGAAAAUCUGGGAAUGCCGGGAAAUUCAGGGGGUGCGGGAGGGGGGUGUUUCUUCCUGCACCCCCCCCACAUCACCAUGCUCUGCCUCACCUGGAUUUCUCACCCCUCUAAGGGUGGGGGAAGAACGCGAGCGCUGCCAGCAUGAAAAAACUUGGAUCGUUCCUGCCCUCCGGCCUAAAAACUUGGAUUAUGAUCACAAAAAUCCUCCUGGAAUCUUCAA